AUGUCUAAUUUAUUUUCAAUAUUAUUACUAUUCUCAAUAAUUGUGGUGGUUUUGGGAAAACUUCCCAAUUUUUUUCAUGGUAAAGAAAUUGGAAAUGCUAGAAAGUAAGUUUUAAAGUUUCAGAUUGUUCUGAAAAAUGUUUCGAGGUUUCAAAAUACUGUGAAUAGUUUCAAAGAAGUUUAGAGAGUUUUUAGAAACUUCAGAAGGUUCCAAAACAUUGGAUUUUCCAGCAAUUAUCUCAAAAGACAUUUGAAAUCCAAAAACCUCGCAAAUUCCGAAUAUCCAUGGCUUCAAACUCUGAAUUUCACCCAAAAAUUGGAUCACUUCGACCCUUAUAACAAGAAAACCUGGAAUCAAAAGUAUUUCUACAAUCCAAAAUAUUCUCGAAAUAAUUCAAUAAUUUUCCUGAUGAUUGGUGGAGAAGGUCCCGAAUCAGGUCAUUGGGCCGCUUAUCCAGAAGUACAGUAUUUGAAGUGGGCUGAUGAGUUUGGAGCUGAUGUUUUUGAUUUGGAGCAUCGAUUUUUUGGAGAUAGUUGGCCUAUUGGGUGGGUUCAGGUGGCUCAAAGUAUAGAAUCAGAAUAAACAUAAAAAUUCCAGUGACAUGUCGGUUGCUUCAUUAAAAUAUCUCACAACUGAACAAGCCUUAGCCGAUCUCGCAUAUUUUAUCCAAUCAAUGAAUCAACUUCACGGCUUCAAUAAUCCAAGAUGGGUAACAUUCGGUGGAAGUUAUCCAGGAUCAUUGAGUGCUUGGUUCCGCCAAAAAUAUCCGGAACUCACUGUUGGUUCAGUUGCUAGUAGUGCUCCAGUCAAUUUGAAACUCGAUUUCUUCGAAUAUGCGAUGGUGGUGGAAGAUGGUUUGAGAAUUACUGAUCCAAAUUGUCCGGAAGCUGUGAGACAAGGAAUUACGCAAAUGCAACAAUUGUCAUUGACAGAAACUGGAAGAGAAACUUUGAAUAAUGUUUUCAAGUGAGCUUUUUUGAGUGGGGAAUUUUUAAGUGUGGGGGGGGGUUAUUUUUUGUGGAUUAGAAAGCUAAAAACAUCCCAAAGUUUUCUAGAGAUCCAGAGAGAAUUCUCAAAGGAUCAGGGGAUUUUUCAAAAUUUUCUAUAAGCUUGAAAAUUUCUCAUUGUCAGAUUUUUUUUAGAAUCCCUGGAUAAAUUCCAGAAACCCUAAAAUCUUAGAAGACUCUGAAAAAUUCCAGAAGUUAUUAGAAAUUUUUCUAGAAGGCUCUAGAACGUCUUGAAGCUCACAGUAAAUUCUAGAAUAGCUUGAAAAUUUUUCAGAAGCUUGGAGCAAUUCGAAAAAGUCUGGGAAGCUUCUAGAAAUUAAUAGAACAUUCUGAAAAGUCUAGAAAAUCUCUAGAAGGUCUGAAAAAAUUCUCAGAAUCUUUUUGAAUUCUAGAAGCCCGGAAGAUUUUCCCUAAUCUAUUUCAAGCCCAGAAUAAUUCCAGCCUGGUUCCAAAAUUCGACAAAAACACAACCAAACUUGACAUCAACAAUUUCUUCGGCAACAUUUUCAACGUCUUCCAAGGAAUGACUCAAUACACCUACGAUGGCCAGGUAAACAUUUUUGAAAUUUAAAUUUUUUCCAAAUUAUAUUUUUCAGAGUGAUCGCACACAUUUCAACAUGACUCUCAGAAAAAUGUGCAACAUCAUGACAAACUCAUCCGAAUCAGAUCCAGUUAAAAGAGUUCACAAUCUUGUGUUGUGGUAUAAUACAUUCGAACCAUCUUCUGAUGAUUUGACUGUGAUGCAGAAUAGUUAUUGGGAUAUCAUUGCUCAGAUUGGAAGUUCUGAUUUGAAAGUUCUUGGGGAAGAUGGUGCAGCUGCUAGAGGUUGGAUGUGGUUGUGUUGUAAUGAAAUUGGAUUUUUACAAACUACUGAUCAGGGAAGAAAUGUUUUCGGAUCUACUGUUCCUUUGAAGUAGGUUUUAGGAUGUGCUAUAGGUUUCUAGGCUCUCUAGCUUCUCUAGCCUCUCUAGCUCAUUUUUUGCAGUUUAUUCAUCGAUAUGUGCACUGAUAUGUUCGACUCAAGUAUAAACAUGGACUACAUCUACUCAAGAAAUUUACAAGCUCAAAACUACUACGGUGGCGCUGAUUUCUAUAAUGUAGGUUCAUUUCUCAUUUCUCAUUAAAAAAAGUAAAAAAAUUCUGCUCCAGGCUUCAAAUGUUGUCCUUCCAAACGGUUCUCUCGAUCCAUGGCACGCUUUGGGAACUUAUCACGAGAAUCAGAAUUAUUCGAAACUUCCGUAUUUGAUCAAUGGAACUGCUCAUUGCUCAGAUAUGUAUCCAGAAUAUGACGGUGAACCGGAAUCUUUGGUUGCAGCGAGGGCUUUUAUUAAAAUGAAUGUUAAACAAUUUAUCAGUGAGUGAAAUUAUAGCUAAACUGGCUCUGGGCUCUUCUGAGGAACCUCUAGUAAUUCUGAAUUUCUUCAACUUACAGUACCCUUUGCAGUUCGGGAUAAUUGAAAUACAGUAAACCUUGGAGUUCAAGAUACAGUUACCCUAGAAAUACAGUAAUUUUUGUAGUUUUAAGUUACAGUAUGCUUUGCAGUUUUGCAGUAACCUUUGAAGAUCAAAAUAAUUGGCCAUACAGUAAUCCUUGUGAACCAUUUUUCCUGUAUCAAAACAUAAAUUCGUCAAAUUUUCAGGAUACGAUCCAAACGUCGAUGGUCCCCAUGGUAGCUCAAUGAGCAACUCAAUUCUCAUUGUAUUUGCUCUAUUACUCUGCAAUUAUUUAUAUUUUUAA